AUGUCUAAAAUAUAUAAAGUUGUUAUAACAGCCGCUGACAGAUUUGUCCCUUCCAAGCUUCGUCCCCUUUGGGAACAUGAAGCAGGUCCUAAAACUAUAUUUUUCUGGGCUCCAGCGUUUAAAUGGGCGCUAGUGAUGGCUUCUAUCGAUGAUUAUCGACGCCCGCUCGACAGAGUGUCGACGACGCAGUCCGCUACUCUGUCCGCCACCGGCCUAAUCUGGACCCGCUAUUGCCUCGUGAUACGGCCGAUCAAUUAUUCGCUGUCUUUAUGCAAUUUCGCUUUGGGCAUCGCGAACGGAGUACAAUGUUUGCGCGCCUACCGUUAUCAAAGCGCCUCGAAAUCG